AUGAUGUGCCUGGUCUUCCCGUCUGCCUCUCCUUUCUAUCUCUCUCCACGCCUCACCAGGCUGAGCGACCUGCAGCAGCGGAUGCGCAAGAAGGUGUAUCGCAGGCGCAUGGUGAAGCGAGUCAUGUUCGCCGUCGUGCCUCACCUCCACAUUGCCCUCUCCUCCUACGCUCUCAUCCGCCCCGCCAAGAUCCGUGCGCCAGCCUCCCUGUUAGCGAUCCACCCUCCCAGCCUGUUCUCCGUGCUGCCUCACCUCCACAUCGUCCUCUCCUCCUACGCUCUCAUCCGCCCGGCCAAGCCACGUGCGUCAUCCCCUCCUUGUGCCAUGUUGCCCCUCUCAUGUGGAGACAGCUCUGGUGUGUCAGGACACGGGGGCAGUGCUGCACGGCCCAUUCUUGAGGCGCCUCAGAAAUACCCUCCGCUGUGUGCAUGCAUGCAUCCAUGCCUCACUGUGUUUGCACACAUGUGCGCCCUGUGCUGUGCACACACACACACACACACACAGGUGGAGACAGCCCUGGUGUGUCAAGACACAGGAGCAAUUCUGCACGGCCCGCUGCCGCGCUACCAGCCCAUGCCAGGCGGAUCGCGCAUCAUCAUGGCAAAGGCGGAGGUGGACCAAGUGAAGGCGGUGUGGGCGACGACCUACUUUGCAUUUUCCUCUUCCUGUGUGUCACUGGCUCGCUCCUUCCCUGCCAGAUCGCGCAUCAUCAUGGCAAAGGCGGAGGUGGACCAAGUGAAGGCGGUGUGGGCGACGACCUACUUUGCAUUUUCCUCUUCCUGUGUGUCACUGGCUCGCUCCUUCCUUGCCAGAUCGCGCAUCAUCAUGGCAAAGGCGGAGGUGGACCAAGUGAAGGCGGUGUGGGCGACGACCUACUUUGCAUUUUCCUCUUCCUGUGUGUCACUGGCUCGCUCCUUCCCUGCCAGAUCGCGCAUCAUCAUGGCAAAGGCGGAGGUGGACCAAGUGAAGGCGGUGUCCCCCCACGACCUGCUGCUGUUGGGCUUUAAGCCCCUCCACUGCCUCAAGGACUACCACAACCUGCAGCCGCCCACCUUCCUCUUCCCAGACGAAGAGACCCUCUCUGGCAGCACGGCAGCGUUCAUUGCCCUGCACAACGCGAUGCUGGAUGCAAACAGCUUUGCACUGGCGUGCUGGGCCAAGAUCGGCUUGCCACGCCUUGUUGCCAUCCUUCCCCAGCAAGAGAAGGUGGACGAGGGUGGGACACAGGUGCAGCCAGCAGGGUGGCACAUGAUCCCUCUGCCCUUCUAUGAUGAUAUACGACCAGCCGAGAAGUACGCCCGCUGGGUGCCAGGCCAGGGUGCAAGGGACGCUGGAGGGGACGGGGAGGAAGGGGGCAGCGGAGGGGAGGUGGUAUCUGCACCGAGGGCGGAUGCGGGGCAGGUGGCAACUGCCACGGCGCUCAUGCGCUACAUGCACCUCAAAUCUUUCAGCCCGCUUGACAUUCUCAACCCUGGUAGGAUCCCUUUCACCCCGUUCCCUCACUUCCUGGUCUUGCCUUGCUCGUCUACGGGUUCGGAGGCAUGGGCGUGCAGUGCGGUGCACAGAUUGAGGCUCGAGGCCAUCGCCCUAGACCUGCCAGAGGUGGAGCCCGUGGUGGACACCUUUCAAAUUCUCGACCUGUCUCACCCCUCUGAACCCUCCUUGUUUCACCUCUCACCCCUCCCACAUCAUCCAGACGCACUACUCCAUGCUCGAGGCCAUAGCCCUAGACCUGCCAGAGGUGCAGCCCGUGGUGGAUACCACCCUGCCAGAGGUGCAGCCCGUGGUGGAUACCACCCUGCCAGAGGUGCAGCCUGUGGUGGAUACCACCCUGCCAGAGGUGCAGCCUGUGGUGGAUACCACCUGCCAGAGGUGCAGCCUGUGGUGGAUACCACCCUGCCAGAGGUGCAGCCUGUGGUGGAUACCACCCUGCCAGAGGUGCAGCCCGUGGUGGAUACCACCCUGCCAGAGGUGCAGCCCGUGGUGGAUACCACCCUGCCAGAGGUGCAGCCUGUGGUGGAUACCACCCUGCCAGAGGUGCAGCCUGUGGUGGAUACCACCCUGCCAGAGGUGCAGCCUGUGGUGGAUACCACCCUGCCAGAGGUGCAGCCCGUGGUGGAUACCACCCUGCCAGAGGUGCAGCCCGUGGUGGAUACCACCCUGCCAGAGGUGCAGCCUGUGGUGGAUACCACCCUGCCUGAUAGCUCUGGGCCCUCCCUUGCUCCCCACUCCUGCCUCAUAUUUGCUUCCCCCCCCCCAUCCCUCCCCACUGCAGUCAUCCAGAUGCACUACUCCAUGCUGGAGGCUAUCGCCCUAGACCUGCCAGAGGUGCAGCCCGUGGUGGAUACCACCCUGCCGGAUUACACCAUCUUCCACGCCCCUCCCUCCGACGGCAACCAACCCCAAAAGAAAGGGAAAGCUGCUCGUGCAACUGCGGCUUUAAGGCAUUUCAAGGACGCAGUGUACGGCUCGGGGCAUGAUGAGGAGGAGGCGCAGAGAGGUGCUGCAGCCCAGGCCAAGGCGGAUGCUGCUGAGAGGAAACGCAAGGCCACUUUCGAUGCUGCUACUGCCAAGGCCGGUGUUGUGGAUUGGCGAGGCCUUGCCGAGAAAGGGAAGGGCGGCAAGCCCCUUCCGCCCGCCUCCCAAUGCUUCCCCUGGCCCCCCCACCAUUUCUCCGCGCGCCUCACUCCGCACGGCGCUUCCUCUCCUGGCGGAAGUUCCGCCGUCCCCCACGCGCGCGGAAACACGCCGACGUGCUACGGCACGGCGGGCAGUCCGCUCCCCUUCGCGCGAGUCCUCGAGCUCAUGGCCAGACGCCGACGCGCUCGCAGCGGCGGCCGGCACGGUAGCCGGCCAGGCGGUGGGAGGACGCCGGUCAACAGUCAGCGGCGCCACGUGUCAGGCUGGAAGCAGCAUUCUCUUGACAGGGAGGGACCAGGUGAAAGCAGCAACGGUAAAGACGGCAGCAGCAGGGAAAAGUAUCCGGGUAGCACUAUAACGGACACGAGCACGGUUAGAGCGGAUUUCAGUAAAAGGUUGGAGGAAUGCCUAAAGCAGGAAGCGAUUCAGGGCAGCACGGACAGGCAGGCUUUGGUUAGUGGGGCUGGGAAAGGGCGCGGGGAGGCGGGAGGCGCUGACAGGGCGGAAGCGCAAGCCCGCGCGGUACAGGCUGAGGGGGUGGCAGGAAGGCCGGAGGAUUUGGCGCAGCGCGCGCGGCUGGCGGAGGCGCAGGUGGACAUGGCGGAGUUACAGGCGCAGGUGGUGUGCGCGGAGCUGCAGUGGAUCCGUAGCGCCGUGGAGAGGCAAGAAGCGGGCGUAGCCGCCGUGCUGGCGGAACUGGCAGGGCUGCGCCAGCGCGUGCACCGCGCGGGGGAGGGGAUGAAUGGCGGGGGCGGGGCGCAGGGGUCUGGGGAAGGGGGGAUGCGCGAGGUGCAGCAGGUGGAAGCGGCUGUAGCGUCCGCGGAGGCGCGGCUGUGGCGGGUGGAGGCCGCAGCUGCUGAUGCGCGCGCCUCACUCAUUGCCUUGGGGGGUGAAGCGGGGGAAAUGGGGGGAUUGGCGGGGAUUGAUUCGCGGGAAGGGGGCAAUAUUGGCGGGUUGUGUGGUGAUUGCUGGUCCGAGGCUGGGCUGGGAACCCAGCGAGUGGAAGGAAUGGUGGGAAUGGGGAUUGGGUGUGGUGGGGAGGUGUGUGGAGGGAUGAGAGGGUGUGCGGGGCUUGAGGGGUACGGUGUAGGGGAGGUGGGUCUGAGUGCAGCAGAAUUUGCUGUGGAGCUUCAGAGGCGGCUAGAGGAGGUGCAAAAGGAGCUGGUGGCGAAGGGACAGGGGCACAGAGUGGUGGAGGAGAAGGAGGGGCGUGGAGGAGUGGAGGGGGGAGCUGGGGGAAUUUCGCAGCCAGUGGAAGGAGAGGGGGAGCAGUCAAGGGUGCAGGGGACGGAGCUAUUGAGAGGGCUCGGGCAGGCGACAGGUGGUGGGAUUGUGACAGAUGGGGUUACAGUUUGUGAAAAGGCUUGUGAGGAAGGGACAAGAGAGAGCAAGCAUGGGACAGACGGCGAAACGUUACUUGGGAAACAGCCAGGGUCAGAAGACGUUAGGCGGGAUGGGGAGUUGGUGAGGCUGGAAGGGGAGGAAUCGUCAGGUGCAGGCGAAUUAAGGUUUUGGGACAGGAUAGGUGGGGAGAGCAAGCUGCUGGCAGGUGGGAGUGUGAAUGGAGGGGUGACAAGAGCUGCUGCUGGCUCUGCCAUUGCAAAGGAUUUUCACAGGAAA